AUGGCAGCGGUAAUAAAUCAACAUCCUUCUGUUACAACAAGCAGUCUUGGAGAAAAUGCAAGAUUAGAAUUAUUACAAAAAGUUGAAGGCCAACUUGGAGGCCGGAUAACUGGAAUUAAUUUAUGUACAAAGGAUGAUGCUAUUUUGACAACAAAUGAGGACCGUACACUUCGAGUUUUGCUUAAACGUGAUUCUGGGCAAUAUUGGCCAUCAAUUAUUCAGGACCUUCCACACAUUCCUACAAAAUUAUAUUUCGUUGAAGCAAAAAAUCUUAUUUCAUUUAAACGUGUUUGGCCUUCACAUACAAGCUCAGUGACGGGAAUUGCUCUUUCCAAUAAACUUGCCUUCAUUGUAAGUUGUUCCAGAGAUAAGACUGUUGUUUGGCAUUCAACUACUUCUACAAAUAAAAUUGGUAGCUAUUGUGCUCAAUCUCCAUGUACUACCAUGGAAUUUGAUGAGGAUUCUUCUUUUGUCUUUGUUGGCGAUUAUUCUAGUAAUGUUUAUAUUUUGCGUUUAAGUGAAGGAAGUCCAAUAGCACAAUUAAUUAGCAAAUUAAGUGCACAUACAGGUGCAAUUACUGCAUUGGCUUGGGACUCGAUCAAUCAGUUACUUUAUUCUGCUAGUGCUGACUCACUUGUAAUUGUUUGGGAUAUUGGUGGUAAACGUGGAAAUUGUUAUGAAUUAAGUGGCCACAAUACAAAGUUGACUUCUCUAGCGCUAGGAACUAAAUCUCGCCGUCUAUUUUCUGCUGAUGAAAGUGGCCGUCUAAUCUGCUGGGAUAUGCGAGCAAAACGUAUUAUGGCACCCGCAUGGCGAGAUACUGACCAUUGUGAGAUUUGUGACUCUCCCUUCUUCUGGAAUUUAAAAGUCAUGUGGGACAGAAAGAUAGUAGGAGUACGUCGACAUCAUUGUAGAACUUGUGGGCAAUCUGUUUGUUCAAAUUGUUGUAACAAUACAACUAUAUUUCCUGCUAUGGGAUUUGAAAAACCUGCAAGAAUAUGCAAAACUUGUAAUGGAAAAAUGCAGAGUUAUCCCGAUCAAUUUGACUUAACACCGUUGGCCGUGACAAAUGAUUUGCGCCAAGGAAUUGCUCAAAUGACAUUAGAUGAGCAACAAAAGAAAUUAGUCUCCGCUGGAUUUGACCGAGUUAUAAUGAUUUGGGAUGUAAGUAAUAUGCUCUCUAAUUAA